UGAGAAUUUUCGGAGCACUGGAGUCCUUAGUGGAGUCUGGAUUCAUAUGGGUUCAGAAUCUGGACCCAUGUGAGUCAUGCCAGAGGUCAUUGAUUUUGGAGCCCACAAAGUGCACCGGAGUAAACGCCCGACGGCAAAAAAGUCAUGAAUUCGAACAGUAAAUCAGCUGGUCCGCGCAUAGGGCGAUACUUGACUCGAAAUGAUGACCAAUGUUUCAAGGAGUUCCUGAACGAUUCCGACUCGACUCAUCGGGAGGGUGGUCGUACUCCGCAUCCGGAGCUCACAGAGGGGGAGAUGAAUCGAUUUUUCCUGCUCCGAGCCUAUCACAGAGCGAACACUUCGUCUCCUAAGACAACGCAGAUCGUCACAACCGCUACUCUGAUGGCGGCAGGAGACGUUAUCGCUCAGAAAGCUAUCGAAGAGAAGGAUUCGAUCGACUUCAAGCGUACUGCCAGAUUCUUUUUCAUCGGUCUCAUUUACGUGGGACCAGUCUUGAGCACGUGGUACUAUCGGCUGGAUCGUCUCCUGCCGAAAGAAGCGAAAUACCGGGCCAUGAAGAUGAUGGCCAUCGAUCAGGGGAUUUUCGCGCCGAUUUUCCUACCCGGAUUCUUGGCGGUGGCCGGUGCUGUGCAUUUGCAGAAAUCAGAUGAGAUCAUUGAGACAAUAAAGCACGAUGCCGUCACGGUAAUACUAUCGAAUUGGAUGCUUUGGCCAGCUGCCCAAGUGAUAAACUUCAACUUCGUGCCCUUGCCGUACAGGAUUCUAUUCGCUAGCGGAAUAGCGUUGUUCUGGAAUAUCUAUUUGUCCUGGAUGUCGAAUCAGGGCGUGCAGAGGGCUACAGCGAAUCACCCUGGUGAGAAAAGUAUGGCAGAUUUAUCUGACAAUCGUCCCGAGUGAAGAGUUGCGACCGC